UCUAAUUUGCCGGAGCUGCUCACGUGAUCAUCAUCCUGUCACACGUGGGUUCCUGUGGCGCCGAAUCGACAGCAGUACCACAGAUUUUCAACAGUGUCUGAGCGGCAGGAUGACCCAGAAACAGCCGUUAGAGGUUCGGUUCGUGGCUGAUGAAGAUGUUUUGGAUCAUAUUGUAGAGAAACAGCAAGAUGUAAAAGCAGCGGAUGGAUCCGCUCAGACACUCGUGACCUUGAAAACCCCCCAGAAGUGCAGAAGAUCUGCUGAUGAAGAGGAGGAUGAAGAAGAGCUGUUUAAAGAGCAGAACUAUGUGGAGGUUCUGUACGCCAGAUCUCAGGAUGAGAGUGAGGACGCAGUCGUCGCUGCCGGAUCGUCCGUCUUCUCGUUUCAGACCAUCAAACGGGGAAAGAAAAUGGCUCAGAUGGCGUCUGAACUGGCUCGUACACCUGGGAAGAGUGUGAGCUUCAGCACGUCAGACACAAACGACGAGUCAACCGGCAAAAAAUCAGCCAAUCAGAGCAAGACUCCUCAGAAGGGAAAGAAGGUGCAGUUCAUCUCCACGACUCCACACCGUCUGAGGAGGAGACUCACAGCUCCAAGCCUGAGGUCCGACAGUGACAGUGACCUCUCACCCUCUAACUCUGAAGAUGAUGAUGAAGAAGAUGAAGAGCACGAGGUCCAGACCCAAACCCCCAGUAAACACACCGCAGCCGCUCUCUAUAAGACACCCAGUAAGAAGAGCAAGAAAGCAGAGGAUCUGGUGGAGGAGUAUUUCGAGGCUCACAGCAGCUCUAAAGUGCUGACGUCUGACCGAACGCUGCAGAAGCUCCACACGCCACAACUGGACCGGGAGACUCUGCUCAGACUCUUGAGUGGAAACACACCGCGAUACGCAGACGAGAUUCAUCAGCUCAACGCCAAACACGAGAACAACUUCCAGCAGUGGAUGAUGCAGAUGCACAUGGGCUUCAACAUCGUGAUCUACGGCCUGGGCUCGAAGAAGCUCCUGCUGGAGAAGUUCUGCUCGUCUCUGCUGGCGGACUGGGAUCAUGUGGUGGUCAACGGCUUCUUCCCCAGCAUCACCCUCAAAGCCAUCCUGAACAGCAUCACGGCUGACGUGCUCCAGCACGAGGGCAGCUUCCGUAACCCCGGAGACCAGGUCGACUUCAUCGUCAGAGCGCUCCGAGAAGAUCCCAGCAAUCACGUGUUUCUGAUCGUCAAUAACAUCGACGGGCCCAUGCUGAGGGGCGACAGGACCCAGCAUGCACUGGGGCAGCUGGCGGCGCUUCCCAACAUGCACCUGCUGGCCUCCAUCGACCACAUAAACGCUCCACUCAUCUGGGAUCAGGCCAAGAUGAGCAUGUUCAACUGGCUGUGGUACGAAACCACGACGUACCUGCCGUACACCGAGGAGACGUCAUACGAGAACUCUCUGCUCGUCCACCAGACGGGGGCGCUAGCGCUCAGCUCUCUCACACACGUGCUGCGCAGCCUCACGCCCAACGCCAGAGGAAUCUUCAGAUUACUGGCCGAGUUUCAGCUGGAGAACAAGGACAAUCCUGCGUACACGGGAUUGUCUUUCCAGGAUUUCUACCAGCGCUGUCGCGAGUCUUUCCUGGUGAACAGUGACAUCACUCUGCGCACGCAACUCACCGAGUUCAGAGAUCACAAACUCAUCCGGACCAAGAAGGGUGCCGACGGGGUGGAAUAUCUCCUCAUCCCGGUGGAUAACGGGACUCUGACUGACUUUCUGGAGAAAAACGAUGUGGAAUGAAACCUGGAAGACGUCACCUGAUCUUUCUGAUAGAUUGGUUUUGUGCUUCGUGAUCCAGGAAACAUGGCAGAUCUGAGGUUUAAGCGACACCUAAUUCCUGUUUUGUCCACUCAAUCAUGUACAGUAUUCUGUAGAAUUGUGUCGGAUCAUGAUACAAUAACAAUAAAUAUUCUUGUGCAUCAGAAUUUAUUUACAUA